UUUCUCUUUUUUUUUUUUUUUUUUUACACAACAAGUCAUCAUCAUCUGUCGAUAUAUUUGUCUGUCUUGCCGUCGGCUUUUCGGUUGAAGUUUGCUGGCGUGAAUUUUUUUUUUCUUUUUUCCUUCUUCUUCUUCUUCUUGUUGUUGUUGUGGUUUUGCUUUUACCGCUAUUGAUUCUUAUACGUUCAGUAUUUGCCGUUUGUGGUUUUACCGUCUGUGGUUUUGUGGCUUCAUAAAGAAUCAUUGACAUUUUCUUUUUUCUUUUUUUUUUUUUCUAUUCUGUUGAUUUCAGUUUCAUUCCUGGAAUUUUCGAUUCUUCCAAUUUGCUUGAAUCAAUCUUUUUGAUUCGUUUUCUAUUUUUUCAUCGCGAACCUUUUGUUUUUAUUUUUUUUCUUUUCUUCUUUACUUCUUUUUCUUUUCUAAUUAUUAAAAUCCUUUUUCUCUUUUAUUCUUCUUUAGAAAAGAAAAGAAUAUAGUUAAAAAAGUCAAUUUCCUCAGACAUUCAAUAUUACACUUCCUAUAUACUAUAUAUUUUGUUUGUCGGUUGUCUCUCUGCCUGUCUGUGUGGUCUCGUUAACAAAAGUUUGAUUUCAACUUUAUUUCGUUAAUUUUUUUUUUUUUCCUCCUUACUACGCUUUUUUAUUCCUUUUCUUUCUGAUUCCUUUCCACGUUCUUUUUGUUGCCUUUUUAUUUUAUUUUAUUUUUGUUGUUGUUUUUUUUAUUUUUACUUCUUUUUCUCCUUUUGUAUUUAUUUUAUUGUUUAUUUUUUUCUUCCAACUGGCUUUCCUUUUUUUUAUUUUUUAUUUUUUUUUUUGAUUCUUCCCUUUGUUGUUUCGCAUUUUCGUUCCUUGAUUGACUUUUAAUUCUUUCUCUCUUUUUUCUCCUACUUUCUUGCCAAACAUACCUUUUCAGUAGGUCUCUCUCUCUCUCUCUCUCUCUCGAUUUGGAUUUUUCAUUUGCGUUUGCGUAACUGUUUUAACGGUUUUGUAGUUGUCUUUUGCGUCCUUUCUCUUCGCAAUUUCCUUUUCUCAAAAACUUUUGUUUUUCUCCUUUUCUUCUUCUUUUUUUUUGUCUCUCCGUGUUUGUUUUCUCUGAUUUCUUCAUCAUGGUCUCUGUUUAGAGUUUCUUCCCAUCUUCCAUUUUUAGGGUGUGCUUUACUCUACUCUUUUAUUUUUUUUCCCACUUGAGCCUAGUUUUAUUUUUUUUAUUUUUGAACGCAACUACAAUCCUUCCUUUUCACUUUGUCCUCCCUCCUAUCAACGGCCCUCGUUUUUCUUUGCAUUAUUUAUCAAGCUUUAUUCUAUCGAUAUUUCGUUUUAUGCAAAGCGUCCGUGUUUGCUUUCAAGGAUCCUUUUCAAUUUUACUUUCCUCUACUUUUACUUUUACUAUUCUAUAUUCUUUUUUCCAACUGUACUUUACUUACACUUCUCUUGACAUUCCUCAAAAUGUCCAAACUUAAUAUUCGAGCUUUGCUCGAUGCUUUUUCUACCGUUAUUCUCUCUAUUUAUCCUCUUGCUCAAAAGGCCAACCAGCCCUUUCAUUCCCAUACUUUGGCUCUUAACCAAUUUUUGUAUGAAACCAUUCGUCGUAGUCAUACCGAUUACACUACCCUCAUCCUUGCUUUAUACUACUUCAUCAGCUUUCGUGAACGCGCUUUUGUCGAACCUCAAAAGUACAUUCCUUUGCUAUGCGGUCGCCGUCUCUUUUUGGUUUGUUUAAUCGCUGCUACCAAAUUCUUGCAUGAUCGUAGCUUUAGCAACCGUGCUUGGUCUAGGCUUUCUCAGUUGCCCCUAGAUAAACUCCUUAUCCUUGAGCGUUUGUUUUACCAAGGCAUUGAUUACCGUCUUCUUGUUGCCAAGCAUGUUUUCGCUCGUUGGUCUUUGUUAAUCGGCGAAUGUUGCGUUCAAGCGACUUCUUACCUUUUAAAUUCUUCCGAUCCUGCUUUGGAUUUCCGUAAAUUUUCUCCUCAUUGGAUUUCUUUGUUUUCCAAUGUUCACUCUUCUUUAAAUGAUUACCUUUCCGUUGCUUAUAUUACAAAGAUUGCUCAGCAAAGAAUGAAUAAUCGCAUGUCCGUCAUGCAACGUAUGAAUACAUGCUUCUCCCAACAAAUCCCUUCCUCCCCAGAAAGCUCUACCUCUUCAAGUCCUUCAUCCACUCCUAUAAUGGACGGAAUCAACUCAAAUACAAUCCCAUCUGUUCCCAACACUAGACCCCAGGCUUCUCUUGUUCAGCCUCCUCUUCCACCAAACUACCCCAAUUGCCCAAGGGUACACAGUCGGCUGAACGGAAAUAUGCCCCCUCAGUUUGCCCUUCCUCUUUUAGCUCAAACACCUCUAGUCAGACAUCAGAACUUGCCCCCUACUCCGUCCUCUCCCUUGCCUUUCUCAUAUCGACCAAUGCAUCCAGAAAGCUUCUUGAUAGAAACUUCCAUCCCACAAGCGCAGUCUACCUCUUCUUUUCCAUUAAAUGCAUCUCAUGCGACUCCUUUCCCUUCUACUGCUCAUAAUGAUAGAUACGGCAGCUCCUUCUCUAAAUUAAUGGCAGAGCCGGUAAUCCCCCAACCGACUGUUCCUUUAAAACGAGUCAGCAUCCCUAUGUUAAUAUCACAACAGAAAAGACCGUCCGACGAUGUCACAACUCUCUCCCCAACUUAUUCAUCCACGAAGCGCAGUCGUCUUGUCUAAUGAGGAAUUACUUGGUUCAGUUUAUGUCCAAGUUUUCGAAAAUCCAUACGUCUUUUCAUUAUUCUUAUAGAAAAUUUUAAUCUUCCUUUUUUUUUGUUAGGUUACUUCAUUCACUUUUCCUAAAUCCUUAUGCCGAAUUAUACAUAUAUGUGUGUGUGAAUUGUGUAUAUACUUACGUACUAGACAAUAUACUGUUUGGAAUGCAAGGACUUUUUUCUAUUUUAUUUUAUUUUAUGUUCUUUUUGUUUUGUUUCGUUUUAUUUCAAUCUUACAGUGUAGCCUCGUGGGGCUAUUUCACGAAUCUAUUCUCCUCCUUUCUUUUUAUUUUCCUUUAUGCCCGUGGGUUCUCUAAAAUUAUUAUAGUGUAUCAAUGAUUACUUUAUCCUUACGUCCUUAACUGGAAUCAUCCUCAUUCAAUGUACAAACUUUUUUCUUUCCA